AUGGAUUACAAUUAUGAUAUAGAAACAGCAAAGUCAAACGAUGAUUAUUAUUUUUAUUUCGCCUAUGGCUCUAACAUGAACUUAGAGCAGAUGUCUGUUAGAUGUCCAACAGGUAUAAAAAUUGGAAAAGGAGUUUUACACAAUUAUCAGGUUGUUGAAGCCAAAUAUGCAGAUAUUGACGAAACAAUGAUGGAAAAUGUUAAUGGACUUGUAUGGAAAGUAAAUAAAAAUGAGUUAAAAAAUUUGGAUGCAUACGAAAGCUAUCCUGAACAAUAUUUCCGUUUUAUUCAGAAAAUAGACGUGAAUGGAAAAUUAAUACAAUGCAUUAUCUAUAAAAUGACAAAAGAAUACAGAGAUAAAAAGAAAAAUAUACAUUAUUCAGAAGAAUAUAAAUGUGCAUGCAGGAAAGGUGCAGAGGAUAAUGGUAUUCCUUCUGUUUUUUAA